AUGGCACAGCCAAACGCCAGGCUCGGCCAGUUCAUCGUCUCAACUUUCGGAUUAGCCGUGCCUGGGAAGAAGCAGGAUAUCCAGGCCAGCAACGGGGAAGAUGAUUGCGCCGGCGUUAACUGGGUAUCCCCACCGCCCGAGCUUGAAGUCUGCAUCCAGAAGAGGUUUAUGGCGUACUCGGCGGAGGAAGACGCAACUAAUCGAAGUCAAAUAGGAUGGUAG